AUGUCUUCAGAUUUUGUUAGCGAAUCGACUUCUGGCAAAGUUCUAGAUGCGAAUGAGGCCAAAUCCCGAAGAAGUUCAAGUUCAAGGCGCCGGAAUCAACAGAAACCCCGUUUAGAGUAUAAACCCGUCAAACGCAGUAGGCCGAGGAAGGAACGCCGAAGAAGUAGUGGGAACAAGCAUGAUGGUCCUGAUCUGGAGUCAAGUAUACAAGAUGAACUGACAAGUGGAAAUUUCAGGGCUCGUGGUAGAAAGACUCAAAUAUCAAUCAAUCAUCUCCUGGAUUUUCAACUACCGGAUAGAAAGGCUCUCUCAGCUGACAGUGGAUCAAAUGGACAAAUGAGAAGAAAAAGCAAACGGCUGGAGCGCGAAGUAGUUCAUUUACACGGGGAAUCGUUCAUUAAUGCGAAUUUUCGGUUUUUGGUUGACGACAGAUUUGAGUAUUCAGAACAGAGCUUAGACCCGAAUUUCCCGAUUCCCAGGGAAAAAAUUGUUCGUGUAGUGGCCCCUAGGGGACAAGCAUGUCCGAUAUGUUUAAGCGAAAAUAUGGUAGCGCCUUGCAUGGUGGCUUGUGGCCAUCUUUUCUGUUUGACAUGUUUACUGCAUUUUUUCGCUAUCACGGAUCAGGAGUCUAAUGGAUAUUCGAAACGUAACAGGCACAAAGAAUGUCCCCUCUGCAGUACCUUCGUCAGCAAAGAGAGGGCCAUACCAGUUAUUUUCACGAAUGCAGAACCUCAGCUUGUUUUCGCGGAAGUUGGACAUGUUGAGACACUUCAGCUCAUGUGCAAGCCGCAUAAUUCGAUGUUACCUUUACCUGCGAACUUAGGCAUUGAUCCGAAGAGUCUAGGUAAUUUUCCGUCUGCCGAAAUGGUAGAGUUGGCUCCCUACUGCCGCAUCAUGAAAUGCGGCGCUGAGCUUGCAUUAAAGUACUAUCAAAUGGAUCUGCAAAACGUCGAAUCGCAAUUUGAACAGGAUAAAUCACUCUACGACGACGAUGGCACUUACGCGGAGAUGGCAAGAGAUCACAUAAUGAAAAGUAUGCAUCAGUACCAGGUGCAAGACGUAUCCAACGUCACGGAUCGGCUUUCAAAUCUUUCCCUCGGGGUAGGUCUCGAGUCCUACAAUGACUCGAACGCCUUUUUCUUUUACGAAACAGGCUUUAAUGCCCUCACGACUUUCUAUUUAUCUCCUCUUGAUGUCAAAAUUCUGCUUUCGACAUUCGAACACUAUUCUAAUUUCCCUACGUCACUUACCGCUAAAGUGGAAAAUGUUCACUAUGGUUUUGUCGUUACCGAGGCCUUAAUUCAAAGAUACAAAUAUUUUGGUCAUUUACCACUUGGUAGCGAGCUGGCUUUCGUUGAUUUAGACUGGCGUUCAGUGGAUUUCGUGCCGCCAGAAGUGCACAAAAGGUUCGCCGCAGAACUCAGUCAGCGAAGGCGAAAGUUCAACUGGAAACAGCAACGGGAAGACAAGGAAAAACGACUUUAUGAAAAGAAGCUCGAAAAAGAGCAUGCCGAGUUUUUUAUGAAAGAAAAUGGUGAAGUUGAUUCGCCACCUUUAUGCUCACUUUCGUCAAACCCCUCAGUUCCGCUUUUUAGUCUUUCUGAUAAGUCUACUCUCGAGCCAAAAGCUCAAAAAACUGGCUCGCGCAUGGAGAAAACCGUUUGGGGUACUUCAAUCCCUGCGUCUCAGCAUAGCGAUACGGAGCGAACGCCCGAAGAUGCUGCAUUAGAAGACAUGUUGCUUCAAAUGAGUAAAGAUGGAACCCAGACGAAGAAGAAGAAGAAGAAAGUUGUGACUUUGUUAAGCUCUGGGCAGGGGAGAGGUGCGUUCUGA